UUUUCUUUGCCUUUUUUUUUAAUAGGUCAUGCAGUUGCUGAAGAGGAGGCUAGAAAAGCCCACCAACUCUGGCUUUCGGUGGAGGCAUUGAAGUACAGCAUGAAGACGGCGUCUGCGGACCUGCCCACUGUUCCGCUGGGUAGCGCAGUUGAGGCCAUCAAAGCCAGCUGUUCUGAUAGUGAAUUCGCCCAGGCUUUAACUGCAGCCAUUCCUCCAGAGUCCCUGACCCGUGGGGUGUACAGUGAAGAGACCCUUAGAGUCCGUUUCUAUGCUGUCCAGAAACUGGCCCGAAGGGUAGCAAUGAUUGAUGAAACCAGAAAUAGCUUGUACCAAUACUUCCUCUCCUACUUGCAGUCCCUGCUCCUAUUCCCACCUCAGCAACUGAAGCCACCGGCCGAGCUCUGCCCUGAGGAUAUAAACACAUUUAAAUUACUGUCAUAUGCCUCUUACUGCAUUGAGCAUGGUGAUUUGGAGCUGGCAGCAAAGUUUGUCAAUCAGCUGAAAGGAGAGUCCAGACGAGUGGCACAGGACUGGCUGAAGGAAGCCCGGAUGACCCUAGAAACUAAACAGAUAGUGGACAUCCUGACAGCAUACGCCAGCGCCGUAGGAAUAGGAACCACUCAAGUGCAGCAAGAGUAAGGUCUAGGAAGAGUUUUGUAAAGUCGUAUUUCAUGUCAAGGAAAUCAGUAAUACAUGGAGGGUUUGCAGCAGGGUCCCAGAAUUGUCUAGAAACGAGCAGGUUACAAGUACUGUUCUAAAUGUUAACACCUGUUGCAUUUAUAUUAUUUCCACUUGCUAUCAUGUCAGUGAACUCCAGGAAUACUUUCUUUGCAACUUGUGUAACAUUUUCCGUUUUUCAGGUUUUACUGAUCAGGCUUGUGAGCCAAUCAAAAUAAUGUUUGUGAUCCCUGUUAUUAUUGAUUUUGCCCUUGGAGCAAACUGAAUAAAACAAAAAAAUGAAAACCGA